AUGUCGUCCGCCACUAUGAAAGCCGUGAACUACCAGGGCCCUUACAAGGUCAAGGUUUCCGAGGUAUCGGUGCCAAAAAUCCAGCAUCCCGACGAUGUCAUUGUCAAAGUCACUACGGCUGCCAUCUGCGGCUCGGAUUUGCACAUGUAUGAGGGAAGAACCGCCGCAGAGGCCGGUAUCACGUUCGGCCACGAGAAUAUGGGAAUCGUCGAGGAGCUCGGAAGUGGUGUCACCCUCUUGAAGAAAGGAGAUCGCGUCGUCAUGCCCUUCAACGUCGCCGACGGUCGCUGCCACAACUGUGAGGAGGGACGAACUGCCUUCUGCACGGGCGUCAACCCCGGCUUUGCUGGUGGUGCCUACGGUUACGUCGCCAUGGGUCCCUACCCCGGAGGCCAGGCGCAAUACAUCAGAGUCCCUUAUGCAGACUUCAACGCGCUGAAGCUGCCUCCCGGACGGGAGUUUGAGUCCGACUUCAUCUUGCUCGCAGAUAUUUUCCCCACCGGCUGGCAUGGCAUUGAACUGUCCGGCUUCAGGCCCGGUGAGACUGUGGCUGUCUUCGGCGCCGGCCCCGUCGGCUUGAUGGCCGCAUACUCGGCAGUCCUGCGUGGUGCCUCGAGAGUCUACGUGGUGGAUCGAGUCGCCGAGCGACUCCAGUCCGCCGAGAAGAUCGGCUGCACACCGGUCGACUUCACCAAGGGCGACGCUGUUGAGCAGAUCAAAAAGCUGAACGGCGGGGAGGUAGACCGCUCCGUCGAUGCGGUCGGAUAUCAGGCCGUGAGCGCCGGCGGGAACGCCGAGCAGCCCAACAUUGUGCUGGAGAACAUGAUCAAGGUCACGCGGGCUUGCGGUGGCCUCGGCAUCCCAGGUCUUUACGUGCCGAGUGACCCCGGUGCGUCCGAUGACGCUUCGGCAAAGGGCAUGAUCAGCCUCAGCUUCGGCAAGCUUUUCGAAAAGGGCCUGUCCAUCGGCACCGGACAAUGCAACGUCAAGGCGUACAACAGAUACCUGCGCGACCUGAUCAUCGCAGGCAAGGCCAAGCCGAGUUUCGUCGUCUCCCACGAGAUCAACAUCGACGACGCCGAGAUCGCGUAUGAAAAGUUCGACAAGAGGAUCGAUGGCUACACAAAGGUGCUCAUCCACCCCAACGGCGGAUUUUAG